GACAUGGGCCGGAGUGUGGUUUAUGUAAAUAAAACAGAAGUGAAACCGCGCCGCUGUGUUCUGGUUUCCACGCGCAGCAGACUCACUCAAACGCAAUGUUUGAUACGCAGUCGGAGGGAAGACUUUAGAGCUUAACAAGAGGUGCCAGCUGUGCGGUCAUGCCUGUGCUCAGGGCCUCUGCGGUGCUGCAGAUCGCGCUGCUGCUCUCCGCCGUGCCCGCGCAGUACUUCAUCUCCCGGUGGAGCGGCUCCUCGGCGGCGCAGCGCUACCAUGCGACCACGCGAUUGCUUCGAAUAUGGAGAGAAUGGAGAAAAUCAUACAUGAAUGUUACUGCAUGGUCAGACUGGACAAGCCAGCAGAUGUCCAAAGCCAUGUCUCUGGUUGGAUUGGGACAGGAAGAUCAGGCGGGACAAGGGUCACCUCCCCUGGAGACCAUGCUUUUUGACAAUGACCUGGGAUUCUUUGGAGAAUAUAAUGAUGAUGAUGGUACAUUGCUGUUUGACACAAGAGCAGAAAAGACACCUCAUUACAAGGUGAUCUUUGGAGGACCUGGACCCUCCUCUGUCAUAGUUGCAUACUUGCCCCAGACACAGCUGGAGCGCAUCACAGGGAUGAGGCCGGACAUUCCCACCCUGGAGAACUACUUCACGCACUUUAAUGGGAAACGCUUUGUUAUGCAGCCCUGGCUCAGAGAGCUCUACCCAGAAGACGAGGAGGAUGAUGAGGGCGAGGACUUUUGACUCUGGAGUAUGAAAGCCUUAGCCAAGAGACAGUUUUAUCCUUUGGCUUCUGUGGUUUUCUUCAGCCUGGUUCUUCUUUUUGUUUGUCUACUGGAGUCCAACGAGUGGACACAAAAUGCCGUCUUUAAGAGUCAUCGACCCGCUCAAGUAAAAAUAGGAGUUAAGAGUGACCAUCGAAUCCUGCCUCUAACGGAGUUGAAGAUAAAUGAUCAAAGAUGAAGAAAUGUAAUUACGUUUCUGAAUUACAUUUAUUUCUCUGAAGUUUACAAAUACAAAAUAAUUUAAAGUGUCUACCAAAUAUGUAAAAAAACAAC